GCCAUAGGAAAUCAUUCCAGCUCUACUUCCACCCAGCCUUUCUUUAUGUUUAGCUUAGCAGACUCUCAGUGUAUUCAUUCCCUUUUAUUUCUAAGCAAACCCGAGCAAUGUGCUAGAGAAACACAACCCCUCUGGGAUGUUCCCAGCCUUGGCUGGAGCCGCUGAGCCCCCCCCCCGGGGCCGGGAGGCUGCCUCUGGCUGGAGCUCAGCGGGCGGCUCUCUGGGACAGUGCUUUGGGAUCCAAGCCGGCUGUGUGAGGGCAGAGCAGAGCCACUGCAGCCCUGCUCGGCAUGGCGCUGCGGGGAGCCUGCCUGCUCCUCUGCCUCCUCUCCCUUGCCCACAUCUCCAGCCAGCAAAACGGGAAAGCCCGGCAGAAACCAGCAGCUUCCAAGAAAGAUGUGAGCCUCAAAAUGAUUGAAGACCUGAAGGCCAUGAUUGACAACAUCUCUCAGGAGGUUGCUCUACUGAAGGAAAAGCAAGCUCUCCAGACAGUUUGCCUGAAAGGCACCAAAAUCCACCUAAAAUGCUUCCUUGCAUUCCCGGAGACCAAGACCUACCACGAGGCCAGCGAGAACUGCAUCUCGCAGGGCGGCACGCUCAGCACCCCGCAGGGCGGCGAGGAGAACGAUGCGCUCUACGACUACAUGCGCAAGAGCAUCGGCUCCGAGGCCGAGAUCUGGCUGGGCCUCAACGACAUGGCCGUGGAGGGCAAGUGGGUCGACAUGACGGGUGGCCCCAUCCGCUACAAGAACUGGGAGACUGAAAUCACCACCCAGCCCGACGGCGGCAAGCUGGAAAACUGCGCGGCCUUGUCGGGAGCUGCCAUCGGGAAGUGGUUCGACAAGAGGUGCAAAGAGCAGCUGCCCUAUGUCUGCCAGUUCAUGAUCGUGUAGCUGCGGGGGUCCCCCCACAACACAGGUCUUCCCCCUGGGAUUAUAAAGCUGUAGGUAUGUGUGUGUGUGUGUGUGUGUACAUCUAUGUUUGUGCGCACACAGGUUUGAGUAGAGCCACUCUUUGCAAAGAGAGUUGUCACAGCUCCAUGUGGCAUUAGAGAGCGUUAGAGCAUUUCACUUGGCCACAUCCAGCCCCGUUAGCAGCUGCAGCGUUCUUCCUAAGGCACAAUCUAUAGAUAUAUUUUUUUACACAGGGAAUUUAUUAGGACUAUAGAGGCUUGGUUGCUUUGGCAAAGAACCAGUGCAGCAGUCCAGCAACCAGCCACAGCUAUCACUUUUUCCCAUCUUGCUGAGCUUUGUUGGGACACCAGCAUGGCUAGUUCCUGCCUUCUUCUCUUGGUUUGGUUCCCCAUAAGCCCUGGCAGAAACCCGUGGGAGCUCCGUGUUCCUCCUCACAGUGCCACAAUUCAGGCUCCUGGGGAUGGAGGUCCUGUCUUAACAAGCAGAGGGAGUUACUCCUGUUUUGCAUUGAGAGAUACAAUUGGGCUUAUCGGCUGAGUAGCAGCUGCUCAAUGGGUCGUCUGACUAGUCCAGUUAUGUGCAUGACUGAAAUAGCAAGUACCAGGCAUGGUACCACUAAUUCAUUCAUUACUUACCAGACAUUGACUUAGUGAGAAGGUGGGUGUCCUUUCCAGAAGCAUUCCCUGCUUUCCUGGUCCUUUUCUCAUCAGCCAGAAGCCAGUUUCACUGAUUCCCAUGGGAGAGCGAGACCCACUGCCAGAUCCUUAAAAAAAACCCAUUGGAAGCUUUAUUUACGCUCCAGCACCAUGGGGGAAGCAGUGAUGACUUGCAGCAUAGUCAGUCAAAUAUAUUAAUGGAAAUGGAAGAUGAAAGCAUUACGUAAAUAACAGAAACUUAAUGCUAUUAGGGAAUACUCUGCCUUAUGAAAAACAACUGUGUAUUGAAAACAAACUCCAAGACAACUUGCUUUACCAGCUUUAGGAAUCAUCUGACCCCUUUAAGUGAUGGAAACCCAGCUGAAAUAUUCCAGUCUUCGUUGGGCCAUGCACAGUCCUUAGCAAAUAUAAAUCUGAAGGCAAUUUUUUGCUGAGAAGAAGGUUAAAGACAAUAAAAACCAAAGAACCAGCAAUGAUGGGAAAGAGGUGAAGGCUACCCCAGCAGUGUAAUGAAGCUUUGAGGGCUGUUGGCUGGAAGGCAGCAGUGGUUCUUUGCAGUCCUGUGCUUGGUAUUACCCCUCCAGUCCAAGCUGGGGGUGUUGAGGCAUGAUGCUUUUGGGGAGCCCAUGGGAGAGGUAUUUCCAUUUGCUGCUUUGUGUAAAAGCAGCUCGAUGGUGGGUCUUCCAAGACAUCAAGUGGGAGCCAAGCUGGAGGGAUCAGAACAGACACACAAACGCAGAGUGCACACUUCCAAGGCUGUCACUAUUGCCAACCUCUCCGCUGUUUGAAUGACUAUAAAAUAAAGAUACAUAUAGAGCUUGCUGAAGGAAUGGAGUUGA